AUGUUAGACAUUUCUCUCAUCAAAUCGCUCCAGCACCCUGGCGCCCGGCUUGCCAUCAAUUUCAUCCUCACUAUUGCUGCCAUCACCUUGAUUCGAAGGAUUGGGAGCAGAUGCUUGGCAAAGUAUCGCCUGCGGGCACUCCCGUUGGUUAAUGGGCAUGGCCUAUUCGAGUCUGACAAAAGAUCGAAAGAAAACUUUUUUUUCAACGCCCAGAGCUUGUUGGACGAUGGAUACGCAAAGUCCCCCAGAGCCUUUCGGGUACAGACAGACAACUCGCAGGUGGUGGUGUUGGCACCUGAAUGUGUAAGCGAGAUUCGGAAUGACAAUCGCUUCAACUUCACUCAACUUCUAGCAGAUGACUUUCUAGGACAUAUUCCUGCCUUUACCAACUUUAGUCCGCACAAUGGCCUGAACGAUAUGGCAAAAGAGGUCUUGACAAAAAAACUUAAUCCAUCUCUUGGCCUUGUCACCAAAGAUGUUUCAACCGAGGCAACACUAGCGUUCCGCGACCAUUGGACUGAUGAUACAGAAUGGCAUUCAAUCAAUAUGAAGGGAACUAUCCUCGAAAUUGUAGCACAGUUAUCCUCGCGUGUCUUCCUCGGGCCAGAGCUCUGUCGAAACCCUGCCUGGCUACGAAUCACAGUCGACUACACCACCAACUUGUUUUUCGGAGUUGAGGCGCUCAAGAAAUGGCAUAGCUUUCUCCGCCCUAUCGUGUGGCGCUUCGUUCCAGAGGUUCGAAAGGUGCGCCAACAGAUCGAAGAGGCGAUACGCCUAAUCCAGCCCGUCGUGGAUAAGAGGACUGCAGAGUCUGGUUCUUCAGCCGCCUCCUUGAACAAAGUAAAAUAUACGGACGCUGUUCAAUGGGCUAACGAACUGGCCGGUGGUAGGCCUUAUCAUCCGGCAUUACUUCAGCUGGGGUUCUCACUGGCAGCGAUUCAUACGACUACCGACCAACUUUGCCAGACUCUUUAUGACUUGUGUGCGUACCCAGAGUACAUAGAACCUCUCCGAAAAGAGUUGGUUACUGUUCUGAAGGAGAGCGGCAUGACCAAAGCUGGGCUGUACAAACUAAAGCUUAUGGACAGUUUCAUGAAAGAAAGCCAGCGGUUGAAGCCGGGAGCCUCGCUCUUGAUGCGCCGUUUAGUAAUGGAGGAUGUUACUCUUUCCAACGGCGUCUUUCUACCCCGAGGGAUACAAAUUGGCUUCCCACUGCGCUCGCAUUUCGACCCGAAAGCCUAUCCCGAGCCCGAUGCGUUCGACGGGUACCGCUUUGUAAAGAUGGCAGGUGAUCCAGAGAAAGAAAUGUUACGGCACUUCGUCUCAACAAGUCCCGAGCAUUUGGCCUUUGGUUUCGGGAAACACUCUUGUCCAGGGCGCUUCUUUGCAGCGAUUGAAGUAAAGAUUGCGCUCUGUCACAUCUUACUUAAGUACGAUUUUAAGCUGGCAGAGGGGACUACACCCACUGUUAUGAAAAUGGGCUGGGCCUUAAUUGCAGACCCGAUGGCUCAGUUUAUAAUUAAGCGACGCGAGAAUUACACGUUUAAUUAA